CUUGCGAAAUAACGUAAAGCCUUCCAUUUUGGUUUCUCUCUCUGAAUAAAGGUUAGCCUCAGUCCUCAUUGUCUUCAGAGUCAUCUUUAUCUUGAGCUCUGUCUCUCUGGGGACUCGGGGCCGGGGAAGGAGCUGAGAGCCUCGGAGGCCACUGGCUUGUCUGCAGCACAAUGGUCCCAGUUGUGUCCUGGGUCAGGCGCCCAGGGUAGGGGGUGACUCCUCAUCCAGAAAGCAGCUCUCAGUGCACCAGACACGAAGGCGAGCACCCGGUUUCCCCUGAGGAGCGUGGCGGUAACUCCAGCAAAUCCAUCAUGACGGACAAUCAGAAAGAAAUGAUAGGCAGCUUGAAUCACCAUGUGAAGAAGGAGUAGGCGGCGGGCUCUCGCUGGGUGUCUAACUAGUCCUUUCUCUGCCUUGCUUGUUUGACAUGGCUGACAGUAAGGCUGGGAAGGACUCAGGAAAAGGCAACACAAAGGCGCUUUCUCACUUGCAGAGAGCCAGUCUGCAGUUCCUGGGGGACCAUAUUCAUCCUUACCUAAAAUCUAGGGCCUCCAGCCAUGGACGUGUGGGCGUGACUGCCGCUGCGCGUAGCACAGCCAUCCUGGAGCACCUCACCGCAGAGGUACUUGAGUUGGCGGGAAAUGCGUCAGAAGACUUGAAGGUAAAGUGUAUUAUGCCUCGUCACUUGCAACUUGCUAUUCGUGGAGAUGAAGAAUUGGACUCUCUGAUCAAGGCUACAGUUGCUGGUGGUGAUGUCAGUCCACACAUCCACAAAUCUCUGGGAAGAGAGGACACAGAAGACUGUCUAAAAGAAGCCUGGAUUCAUUAUUAUCUCAGGACUCUAAAUACCCCUACAGCUAUCCAGUGUUGGUGAUUCCAGUGGACCAUAUCUCUGGGAAUAAGACAGUUUUGCCUGUUUUGUAAUUCUGUUUGAGCAAGUUGGAAGCUUAAUUAACUUUCCAACAAGCCAAAUUUCUGCAUUCGAGUCUUAACCAUGUUUAAGUGUUACUGUGGCUUCAAAGAAGCUAUUGAUUCUGAAGUAGUGGGUUUUGAUUGAGUUGACUGUUUUU